GAGGGAGCGGGGGCAGCUGCUGCUGGCUUGGCGGAGUCAUGGCGUGUGCUGCGGCGGCUAAGAACGGUGGAAGCUCCUUCUCCGACCGGCACGCCCGCCUUCUCCUAGCUCAGAUCAACCGGCUGCGGGCCGGGGAGAGCUUCUGCGACGUGCGGCUGGAGGUGGGCCCGGAGGCAUUCGCCGUUCAUCGGCUGGUGCUGGCGGCCAGCAGCCCCUACUUCGCAGCGCUCUUCGCCAGCGGCAUGAAGGAGUCCGGCCGGGACGUGGUGCGGAUCGCAGGCGUCGAGGCGGACACCUUCCACACGCUCCUCGACUUCAUCUACACAGGGGUGGUGAGCAUCGGGGAGCACAACGUUCAGGAGCUGAUCGUCGCCGCCGACAUGCUGCAGCUCACCGAGGUGGUGGAGCUCUGCUGCGAGUUCCUGAAGGGGCAGAUCGACCCGCUGAAUUGCAUCGGCCUCUUCCAGUUCUCCGAGCAGAUCGCCUGUCAUGACUUAAUGGAGUUCAGCGAGAGCUACAUCCAUGCACACUUCUUGGAGGUGCAGAGCGGGGAGGAGUUCCUGGCGCUGACCAAAGAGCAACUGGUGAAGAUCUUGCGAAGCGAGGACCUCAGCAUCGAGGACGAGUACCAGGUUUUUAUAGCGGCAAUGCAGUGGAUUUUGAAGGAUGUGGGGAAAAGGAAGAAAUAUGUCGUAGAAGUACUGGAGCCUGUCCGAUUCCCUCUGCUACCAGCACAGAAGCUAUUAAAAUAUAUAGAAAGUAUUCCAGAUUUCAGCCUUCGAGUGGCCCUGCAGACUCUGUUGAAAGAAUAUUGUGAAGUUUGUAAAUCUCCCAAAGAGAACAAGGUCAGCAGUUUUCUGCAAGCUUCUAAAGGUCGUCCCCGGAGGAAAGCCAGGAAGUACCUUUAUGCAGUAGGUGGCUAUACCCGUUUGCAAGGAGGGCGCUGGAGUGACAGUAGAGCCCUCAGCUGUGUGGAACGAUUUGACACCUUCAGCCACUACUGGACCACAGUGUCCUCUCUCCACCAGGCCCGGAGUGGGCUGGGUGUGGCUGUGGUGGGAGGAAUGAUCUAUGCCAUUGGAGGUGAGGACAGUGCGAUGAUUUUUGACUGUACUGAACGUUAUGAUCCUGUAACUAAACAGUGGAGCACUGUGGCUUACAUGAACCAUCCCCGUUGUGGACUGGGAGUUUGCACAUGCUAUGGUGCUAUCUAUGCUCUGGGAGGUUGGGUUGGAGCAGAGAUUGGCAACACAAUUGAAAGAUUCGAUCCUGAAGAAAACAGUUGGGAUGUGGUGGGAAACAUGGCUGUGCCCCGUUACUGCUUUGGGUGUUGUGAAAUGCAAGGUUUGAUUUAUGUUGUGGGUGGUAUCAGCAGUGAAGGUGUAGAGCUGCGUUCUGUUGAAGUCUAUGACCCAAUAUCUAAACGUUGGUCUGAGCUCGCUCCAAUGGGCACCCAAAGAGCAUAUCUUGGUGUAGCUGCUCUCAACGAUUGUAUCUAUGCUGUGGGAGGCUGGAAUGAAUCUCAGGAUGCACUUGCUACUGUAGAAAGAUAUUCCUUUGAAGAGGAAAAGUGGGCUGAAGUUGCAUCAAUGAAGAUACCAAGAGCUGGUGUCUGUGUUGUGGCUGUGAAUGGGUUUCUUUAUGCCUUGGGAGGCCGAGCUCCCAGUCAGGAUUUUGCUGCUCCAGUAACCUCUGACUCUGUUGAAGUUUAUAACCCUCAUAUGGACAGUUGGACUGAAAUUGCCAACAUGAUCACCAGUCGCUGUGAAGGAGGUGUAGCUGUGCUGUAAAACACGCAAGAGGAAAUCUCAGUGACAAAAUGGGUAAAUCCAUCUUCUCAGAUUUCUGGUUUCAUUGGCCAGGAACCUCUGCUAACACAGGAGCUUCAGUAGAGACAGCGGAGGAUUAAAUCGGAGGGCUUCUCAUGAGCAAAAGGAAAUUGUAAAAUUCUUGUCCAGUGUCUGUCUCAGGAAGUGUUCUGUUACAAGAAUGCUUCUUAUGACUGGAUUGAGCUCACAGUAUUAAUGGUAAAUCUGUCCUGUAAAAAAUCCUGAAGAAAUCAUUCCAGCUCUCUGAGGUGCCUCAAAGCUGGCCUUAGUCUGGAAGGAGGUUACUAUUGGAGAGCUAGGAGUUACCUGCAGAUGGGCUACUUGAUUAGUAUUAGAAGCCCUUUUCUGGUGGAAAAUAAGGAAGAGAAGGUAACAGGGAAGACUUAAUACCACUACAUAGGACCUUGAUGCAUUUGAGCCUCUUUUCUGGUGCCAGACAUGACAGGCAUUAAAUAAGGAAUUGAAUAUUUGCUUUCUGAUCACUCUGCUAACUUGGAUGGUGACUGGCUGAGAAUUUUCUGUUCUGGAAGGUUAUUCUCAGUUCUACCAAGUUCACUCCACCUCAGCACAGGCUCCUCAGUGGUAUCAGUGACAACAGUAAAGCUCCUUGUUAUAUAAGAUCUGAUGAAUUUUAAGUGGAAAUGCUAUUUAUUAGAUUAGCUGCUGGUUUUAAGCCUGCUUUUAGUAUAAAAAUACAGGGAAAGCAUUUUGUUCUUCCUAAACCUUUUUUCCUCCUUAAAUAUUUUACACUGUGUGGCACAUGCUGGGACUUGGCAUUGGAAUACAUGGUAUUCUAUGAGGUACACACGUGC